GUGGAGUAUGAGCUUUCGUUAUUUUUGUAUCCAACACAUAUUAUGGAAUAUCUUGUGCUUACUGAAGGCAUUGUUGGAACUUUGCAUUUCAUAUAUCUUUUGUAUUUGCCUAUUGCCAUUAGAAAACCUAGUGUUAUGCUCAUGCAAAGGACCCAACUCGAAGAUGAGUUGCACAUCAGUAUUGAGCCUGCCGAUAGUCUUGGUCCCAAACAGCUCGACUUACAACCUAAUUCAAAAAUAAUCGACGAAGCAAAGAAAGACAAGGACAAUAGGUAUCUUAAGCGGUUAAAUAAUGGACAGAACGCAGCAGAAGAAGGUGGCCCAAGCUCACAUGAAGAAAUGUGCGAGCCAGAAUAUGUAAGAGUAGGUAUCCCAUAUUUGCUUCGUGAAGAUUCAGCUAUGAAUCUGGAAGACCACAGCCUCGACAGAGCUAGCACCACCAGAUCUUCAGGCAAACAGGAGCAUGAAGUUUACGUUACACUUCCAGAUAACUGCAUGGAUACAGUUGAGAAUAUUUAUGAAACCAUUAAAUAA